AUUGUGGGUCCUUGUUGUGACGUGGACCAACAUCGCCCCUGACUGCAGUGUGUACCCAGGAGGACGAUGUCCCGUCAAUCAUGCUAUCCUACCGAUCAACGACUUUCAGUUAGUCAUUUCCACUGAUGGGACUUACUCAUUUGGACACAACAUCUACCCAACGAUGAAGAUUGAAUGGACCAGCGCAGGUGAACUGAACGGAAACCCGAACCCUACAGCGCACGCCGUUGGUGGGUACAGCUCCGGAGAAGGCACUGCCGUAGACCUACAGUAUUCGGGCACCGCUAACAUGAAACGAUGGAGAUUACAUGCAGGUCCCUGGAGCUAUGCCCUUCAACGCUUGGGAGAUUCCACAGUUCCACAACAGUCGGUUCUACAAUGUGCACAAUGGAUCAAAGAACAGGAGAAUAUAUUACCUGACCCCACCAGGCUCCCAGGCUACUACCGGAUCCCAAGUCCCCGGUCCUGUCCAUGUAACGCUGAACAAGCCUUCUUCGACAACACCUACAGCUAUUCCGUUGGUAUGACCGAGUCCUGUGCCGUAAGCCGCAGACGCGCUGUGGUGUACAACGGUGGACGCAGACACGAGUUCCGCCGAACCUGCUGCUACACAGCCUCGUGGUUCUGGACGCAAUGGUGGGGGUGGUGGGCCUGGAGAAGAAGGGUCGCAGGAGGAAGUCUUAUGCGAGGACCAGCUGGUGGCCACCUUAUAAUUGAUAAUCCUCCUGCUGACGACAACUUGGCCCGCCGGAAGUGCUGUGCGGAGUCUGCGGGCGUGCGAAUGGGAUGGUACUGCCGACAGUUCGGACGUCUCCGUCCAUUCUCCGUUCCAGAUCAAUCGGGGAGCCCUUGCUCUAGUUAUCCUGUACACAUAGGCUGGACGGUAGUGCGGAGUGAUCCGCACGUCAUGACACUGGAUGGAACAGCCUACACAUUCAACGGGCUGGGAGAAUACGUCCUGGGGGACUUCGGAAGGGGAGAAUAUCAAAUACAAGGGCGGACGUCAUUCGUGGAAGGAAGCAGGCGUGCCACCGUGUUCACCGCCAUCGUGGCCGCCGAGCGUAACCGCGUACCGAUUCAGAUCAACCUGGUGGGAACGUCGGGUCUGCAGCUCCACAUUAACGGAACUGACGUCAACAUGGCGGCCUUCGACGACAGCGGGUUCGAACUGGAAGUGGAUGACAGCGCUGUGGUCAGCAGUCCUGAGGAAAACACGCUUCUGGUCGUCUUCUUCAACGGGAUUACUGCAAAAAUCAACGCAGCAAAGGCAAUGUUGUUUGUGGAAUUCUCUGCACCGCCCGAGUACAUGAACAGAACGCAAGGUCUGCUGGGAAGAUGGGACGGGGACAAGACGAACGACUUCGAGGCUUUCGAUGGAACGACUCUUUCUCCCAACGCCUCAGAGAGACAGCUGUAUGAGAUAUUUGGGCAGUCGUGGCAAGUGACGGACGAAGAUGGACCCAAGAAGUCUCUUUUCUACUACGCUACCGGCGAAGGUCCUGAAAACUUCACCCAGGCGUCCUACGAGCCUGCCUUCACCGACGAGAUCGUGUUUGCCAGCGCCGAGCUGGAGCAACAGGCGCGGGCUGUGUGUGGAGACGACAGGACCUGUCUGUUCGACGUUAGUCACACCGGCGACGUGCAGGUCGGCGAGGUCUCACUGGCAGCCUUGCAGACUUUCGAAGACGAGGUAGCGGGAAGAGAAAGUUUCCCGCCGCUGAUAUCUGGGCCAGGUGCUGUGUACCUGUCGGUUGGAGAGACAGUAGUGAUAGAGCUGAAUGCUACAGACCCUCAGGAUCUCCCGAUCACGUUUGAGAUGGGACCUGAUGUACCACCAGAGGUCGUCAUGAUUGCCAAUGGCAACUAUGCAAAAGUGACUUGGAACGUCACGGAAAACAUGAUGUUCCAUCUCCAGGUGACGGCGAUAAAUUCCAAGAACAGCUCGACUGAAUACCGGCCCGUGCUGUUCCUGUGCUCCUGUAUGAAUGGCGGCCGCUGUAACGCCAGCCACGAUCUAGAUCCGUCACUUGUGGGGUACGAUGACAGGCUCGUCAUCCAGAAAUGCCUGUGCGCGGAAGGGUACACUGGAGAACAGUGCGAAAGCGACAUCGAUGCAUGUGCGGAGAACUUUGACCCAUGUUUCCCAGGAGUCACCUGUACGGAUCUCCCGCCACCUGCCGACAUGGAGGACGGCUUCACGUGUGGAGACUGUCCCCUGGGGUACGAAGGCAAUGGGACGUCUUGCCAAGACAUUGAUGAAUGUGAGUUGGAAGAGGCAAUUGCAACGUUGUGCCAACAAAUCUGUGUGAACUACGUUGGUAAUUUCACCUGCGACUGCAACGAAGGGUACGAGCUAGCCGAGGAUGGGUAUUCAUGUACAGACGUGGACGAGUGUGCACUGUCCAACAACUGCACGCAGCUGUGUGAGAACACCAACGGGUCGUACACCUGUGGAUGUUUUGUGGGGUUCAGGUCCAGCCCGGACGGCCAAUGUCAACCGGAGAACAACUGUACAGAUGAGAACAACCCUGGGUGUGACCUGUCCACCAGCUGGUGCACUGUAAACGAGACUGGGCAUGCGCAGUGCAUCUGCUUCAAAGGAUUUGAGCUGGUUGGGAACGAAACAACAUGUCAAGAUAUAGAUGAAUGCACAACUGGGACGCAUCACUGUGACCAGGUGUGUAAGAACACUCCUGGUGCGUACACCUGUGACUGUCUCGACGGAUACAGGCUGGCUGACGACCCGCUGCAGGGCUGCGAAGAUGUGGACGAGUGCUCAGAGUGGCUGCACGAUUGUGAGGGGAACGAGGUUUGUGUCAACAAGCCCGGUCGAUAUUCCUGCGCCUGUGCACUAGGGACCAAUCGACACCAGGGAAUCUGCAUACCAGACAUUGACGACUGUGGGUCUGCCCCCUGUGUUCACGGCACCUGUACGGACGGUCCUACUAACUACACAUGCGCGUGCAGUGCAGGAUGGGAAGGUUACAACUGCGACGUCAAGAUGUCUGCUGACGACAACUCAGUUGUGCUGGAAGUAGACAUGGACGUGUCAGAGUUUACAGAAGAAAGGGCAGCACUGCUGAAAGCGACUGUGGCAACCGGGCUGACAAACUUCUGCAUGAAACAUUUGCGGGAGUAUCGUGCGUGUGAGAGUCCCCCUCUAUCUGGGUGGCUCCGAAUCCGCAGGGAGACGAAUGCAGCUACGUUUGGUCCAUCAGACAUACACGUGGCAGUAGUCGUUCCUCACGUUCCAACCAAUGACCACGCGGCCGUGAGAGUGUACGCCAGCUACCCCGGUCCCGACAUGCUCGUCCUUCCCGCUGACGUCCUCCAACGAGUCAUCACGCACAUCAAGACGGAGAUAGAGAUGUCGCUUGGCAACAGUCACGUGGUGUCCAUCAGUAUCUUCCAGCCUGACAACUACGGGACGAUGUCACCCAUACAGCAGAGGGAUCAUUCUACCAUCGCUCCUGACGUGUAUGAAGACUCGGGCACGCACAGUUUCGUCGAACUGCUUGCUGCCCUGUCAGUGGUUGCUUGUGUUGUAAUCACUGCCGUGGCCAUCAUUGUCUGCAAGAAGGCCAUGGCAAAGAAAGAGAAGGUUGAUCCCAAUGUUCGCCAGGCGUGGACAGAAACUACAACGUUCCAACCUGACCUGGUGGACAAACUUCAGUAAGGGCGAGAAUUCUACCAGGAUCAUCUGAGGAAACAUCACAAAUAUGUAUUUUGCAGUUUUAUCAAAUCGUGUGUGCUGUGUGAGGGCUAGCUUGUUCUUAUAUUUAUACAAAAUAUCAUGCACAGGUAUCAGGCAUGAUCUUCUACAUUGUACAUCAGAAAAAAAGCCUUAAGUGCAUAUUGAUAGAAGCAAGUCCAUAAUCAUUUGAAGUGAAGCAAGUUUAUAUUUGUAUUUACUUUGAAACACAUACAAUAAGGAUUUUUAGCUUAAUGUAUGGAUUUACUUUGAUGUGCACAAAAAGCAGUUGUAAACAUGCAAGCAUGUGUCUUCACUGUAAUGAUUUAUGUGCUGACAAAUAUGGUUUUUGUUGUUGCAUUGAAUGUGUGUACUCUAAAAUAUUUAAUUUUUCAAAUAUACCUAUUCUUGCCAUGCACUGCCAUAAAGAACAAAUAUGAGACAAUCAAUAUUUGACACAAGUAAAAAUGUAUUUUGUAAUAAUCCAUCACACUUGAUGUUAUACAUAUACAGAAUUACAUUGUACUACAACUUCAUAUCUUCUUAUCUACAUCUUAUGUACAAUGGCCGUGUUGUUUUAUAUAUUAAAAGUUCUAAAAAAUA